GGCAGCCUUCGCGUUCUACUACGGGUUUGUCAAGCAAGGCUCUGAUCGGGCAGAUCAUGCGCGCUUACACUAUUGCCUCAUCACAUUGGUACAAGUAUGGCACACGAUAGAGUCGUUGCCGAUUCCGAUGCCGUUGAGGAAGAAGAGAUGAUGUACGGUCAUGGAGCCUUGACUUCAGCAGAAUUAGAUGAGAAAUAUCCGCAUAGACCACACAAUGUUCACAAGACAUUGCCGUUCCAUGAGCUAUUCACUACACUCUUUAAUCCGCUUAAUGAACAACGAAAGAAAUCAAACACGUCUUUAGUCUCACGCAAGAAACAGGGUCCUCAAGGUCGAGUACUCAUGACACCUCAUGAAGCUCGCCGCAAUAUUAUAGAGCGGUUUAUAUCGCGAUGGCGAAAGCAAGUCGGGAACGAUAUCUACCCAGCUCUUCGGCUCAUUGUUCCAGAGAAGGAUCGCGAUCGCGCCAUGUAUGGACUCAAGGAAAAAACGAUCGGAAAACUGCUGGUUAAGGUCAUUGGCAUAGACAAGAAUUCGGAGGAUGCCUAUAACCUUACAAACUGGAAGCUACCCGGAUUCAAAGCUGCUGCCAGUGCUGGCGACUUUGCAGCCCGUUGCUUUGAGGUACUUCAGAAGCGUCCAAUGCUCACAAAACCUGGCGACAUGACUAUUGCUGAGGUGAACGAGCGACUUGACAGGCUUGCUGCUUCUUCGAAAGAAAGCGAGCAAAUACCAAUCUUCGAGGAAUUCUACAGGCGAAUGAAUCCGGAGGAACUCAUGUGGCUUGUGCGAAUGAUGCUGCGCCAGAUGAAGAUCGGAGCUACUGAGAAGACUUUUUUCGAUAUCUGGCAUCCCGACGCAGAAAAUCUGUUCAACGUGUCGUCAAGCUUACGGCGAGUCUGUUGGGAGCUUUACGAUCCGGAAAUACGUCUUGACAGCGAUCAAUCCUCCGUAACGCUCAUGCAAUGCUUCCAGCCUCAGCUAGCAAAUUUCCAAGCCCGCUCUUUUGAAUACAUGGUCCGGAGCAUGAGACCGACUGAGGAUGAUGAUGAAUUUUGGAUCGAAGAGAAACUUGACGGAGAGCGGAUACAGCUCCACAUGAUGGAGGACAGCUUGGUGCCUGGCGGAAAGCGCUUCAGUUUUUGGUCCAGAAAAGGGAAGGACUACACAUAUCUCUAUGGCAAUGGUUAUCAAGAUGAGGAGAGCUCCCUCACGCAGCAUCUUAAAGGGGCAUUUUCUGACAAUGUUCGAAAUAUCAUUCUUGAUGGCGAGAUGAUUACGUGGGAUAUGGAAGAAGACGCAAUCGUUCCCUUUGGCACAUUGAAGACCGCUGCGUUGUCGGAGGGCCGAAAUCCGUACGGAGGCGGAGGGCAACGACCGAUGUUCAAAGUUUUCGAUUGUCUCUAUUUAAACGACACUCCAAUCACGCAAUACACACUGAGAGAUCGCAGAAGGGCACUUGAGUCAGCCGUGAAGUCUGUCCCCCGCCGUAUGGAGAUUCACGAGUACACGGUUGCGCACAGAGCGGAAGAAAUUGAGCCUCUGCUGCGUAAAGUUGUCGCAGACUCUUCAGAAGGUUUGGUGCUAAAAAAUCCUCGGUCGUCAUACAAGCUCAGUGAACGGAAUGACGACUGGUGGAAGGUUAAGCCUGAGUACAUGACUGAAUUCGGAGAAGCUCUUGAUUGUGUCAUCAUCGGUGGAUAUUGGGGCUCUGGUCACCGAGGCGGUAUGCUCUCAAGCUUUCUAUGCGGCCUACGCGUUGAUGAUGAAACAGUUCGGGGUCAAAACGCUAACCCGCAGAAAUGUUGGAGCUUUUUCAAGGUUGGCGGAGGUAUGACCGCCACGGAUUACAAAGAAAUCCGUGAGGCGACGGACGGCAAGUGGAGGAGGUGGGACCCAAAACGGCCACCAACUGAGUACAUCGAACUCGGAGGUGGAGACAGACAAUAUGAGCGACCUGACAUGUGGAUCAAGCCGGAAGACUCGGUCGUUGUGGAAGUCAAAGCAGCAUCGGUACAUAAUACGGAUCAGUUUCGCACGGGCUUCACUUUGCGGUUCCCGAGAUUCACGAGACUUCGACGUGAUAAAACAUGGCGAGAGGCACUCACGCAGACUGAAUUCCAUACCCUGAAAAACGAAGCUGAACAGCGGCACAAAGAGCGCGAGUUCCAAAUUGACGACGAGCGUAAAAGACGGCGGGCUGCUGCUUCGGUGCGCAAACGCAAGAAGCCACUUACUGUGCACGGAGCAGACGAGGUGAUCGAUACGCCCUAUGCAGGACCCAGCACCAAAAUAUUCGAGGGUCUUUCCUUUUUCAUCAUCAGCGAAUCCCUUAAACCAGUCAAGAAGAGUAAAGCAGAGCUUGAGCAACUUGUGAAAGCUCACGGCGGCAACGUCGUGCAAUCACAAUCUGCUGCUGAAAAAGUGAUAUGCAUUGCGGACAAGGAGCUUGUCAAGGUACGGUCGAUCAAGAACGAAGGGAAGCUGAACAUAGUGCGACCGAUCUGGUUAUUCGACUGCAUCGAGCAGAACCAGGCUGAUAUCGGCCAAGAGCGCUUCUUAUUACCUAUUGAACCAGUUCAUGUGUUUCACACGAUUGAGGCCGAUCAAGACAUGAUCUUUCAAAACGUAGAUGAAUUUGGGGACAGCUACUGUCGUGACGUGAGCGUUGAGGAUCUUAGACGCAUUCUUGCAUCCAUGCCCUUAAAUUCAAAGAUCGCUUUGAGUAAGGAUCAAUUGCUGGAGCAGUUUAUGGACCAUGGAGUUGAUUUCGGCGAGACAAAAGGCUCGAUGUUCCGUAAUGUCAUCGCGUACAUGGGAAGUGCAGAGGAUGCGGUCAUGGCCAACAGUGAUGCCGAGCAGGAGCAUGAGGAUUUGGAUAUGUUGUUCAUACAGCAGAAACUUGCGUUUGGGGGUGGCCAAUGGGUGCAUAGUUUAAGUGCUGAUGGCGUCACGCAUGUCGUCGUCACGAAGGACCUAAAUCGCUCAAAGCUCAAUGAUUUGAGGGAAGCCGUGGCAAGCCAGACCACGCUGCCCAGGAUUGUGACCCUAGAGUGGAUUCAGGAGAGCUGGAAGGAGGGAACUUUGUUGGAUGAGGAGCGAUUUAAGCCCUGAAUGAAGAAGGGUAUGUACAUCGUAUGUUCAGCGCCUGCAGGUCAGUCCGUGAUAAUCGUACGAUAUUACAACGCUCGGAGAAUACGGAAGAUGAGAUCACUUCGACAGCUCCGGCGAAAGGCUAACAAACCAACUCCAUCGCUUGGAUGCUAGUAAGCACAUAGAGUUGUGAUAGUGAUGAGAACAAGCACCUUGACGACCGAACCUGCUUCCUGUUCCAAAGCAUAGAGCAGAGCUUGGGCAAAUGUGCAAAUGUUAAGCAAAGCUUGUAAAGUGCUGCGAACAAGCACAAUCAAACGAUCAUGGUUGGUUAAACUUUACUGGACUGCGCAAUUCGCAGGGCGUGUCCCAUGAAUGCCGAGCACUACUUUGGCUGCAUGAAGAUGCUCAGUCCAAUAGUAGAGUUCAGAGCAUGAUUGAUCGAGAAAGUCUGCAGAUGGAACCAGUGCCAAAUAAGGAAGGCGUUUAUAUCUCAACUGUACGGAUUGCAACUCAGCUGUUUAUGUACUCCACACCCUUUGGUUUGAAGGAUUUUGGACGUUCCCUCGUUCGUCGAUGCGAUGGGGGAAGUUACAGGUCGUGGAAAGGAAAAAAUAAUACCUUUGGUGGGCAGAGAGCGGGUAUAAGAGAUAGGUAUGAAAUGGAGAAAGGAUUGACGCGACUUGGGGGUGAGUGUAGGGAAGCCUUGAGACAAUUAAUUGCCGGGUGCAGGGGAAGAAACACAGAACCGUAAUGUCUGACUAACAAGCCAUGACCCGGUCGAGGAACGUAGUUACUGAACAGUAGUGAUUGCUUCAGCGACUAUACGACGGUCCCCCACUCCAUGGUCGCAUUUCC